AUGCCAGACCCGAGCGAAAUUGAUCCCCCGGAACCUGACAGCGGCGAGCCCCAGGUGAAAUUGCGAUUUAUUACCGCACGUCCAGACCUCGAGCCAGCGAGACGUGAAUCUAGAGCAGCCAUCAACGCACAUGCCUCGCAGGCCUCAUGGGCCAGGAUCAGAGAAAGGCUCAGGCAAGGGACGGGUCCCCAGACGAGCCAAAAAAAGCCGGUACACAACAAAGAGCAACGUCGUGCACGAUUCCCCGAUGACCGUGCCAGCAGCGAAUCCGAACUACGUUCAUCGAAUGGUGACGGUGGCAAGAGGCCAGGAGCUGGUUUUGUAGACUCAGAAGAAGAACUGCCUUUCCGAACCGCGGGGACCGCUAUUUUUGAAUCUGCCCGCGUUUCCAGUCUCGAGUUUUCGGAUGUGGACCCUUUUACUACAUACCCCUCGCGGCUGGCAAAGGAGGUCGCUAUGCCAAUCGUUAGUGAAGUUAACCGCUUCCUCCAAAUUAUACUUCUACCGAACCCACACCGACAGGAGCAAAGCAUUAAACAGCAAUGGAUAUACCGAUACAUGAAUGAUGACGUUCUGUUUCAUAUGCUUUGUUUCUCCUAUUUGGCGAGAGCGUCCACCACAAAGCACGGUCUAAACCCAAUCAAUCAGAGAGCGUAUGGGUAUUGCUACUCAGAGCUUGUCCGAGGACUAAAUAGACGUUUAAACAAUUUGGAAACGCGAUACUCCGACGAGAUACUUUUUGCGGUCCAGACGUUGGCAUUCCAUGGACGUGCUGUCGAGGACGACACCGAUAAACCUCAAUCACCUUCACAGGGACCCCUAAAUUCAAUGCAGCUGCUGGAUAUCUAUGCGGGACGUUUAGAUGCAGUUGAUGUCCAUCUAAAGGCCUUGUCGAAAAUAGUGUCUAUGAAAGGAGGUUUGAGCGAGAUUAAAUUCCCUGGUCUUGCAGCAAUGUUAAGCUAUGGGGACUUACUUCUUGCUUCUCGAUACCUCCGAAAGCCUGUCUACCCAUUCAUCCCUCUACAAAUCUCACCUCAACAUGUAUUAGACGCUGUACGCAGGGAUGUGCAUCCGCUAGGUCAGCUAGGUACGGGGUUUCGAGCCCUUUACGACCUUCUUCCCUCCGAUGUCGCACGACCACUCUUUCUUACUCUACACAACCUGUCAACAUAUUCGCUCGCAGUCGAUGAUUAUAUAAUGGGCCGAUCACAAGCGCAGGAUUUAGGCGCUCUAGCUGACCAGCGAAACUUCGUCCAGCACAAUCUGCUGUCAAGGAGCCUUGGGCCGGACGGUGAUGUUCAUAGUCCCAAAGAAGACGCAAUUGUUCUACAACAAGCAUGUUGGGCAGCUGCCGUCAUCUACAGCCUUAUUGCUGUAUUCCCUGUUCCUCACCGCAGAGCUCCCUUCGCGAAGCUAGCAUACCAGCUUAAGCACAGCCUUGUCUACACUAACAAUCUUCUCACAAGUAGAUGGCACGACUCUUCUUCACUUUUAUUGUGGAUGAUUUUUAUGGGUGCGCUAGCUUCUACAGCGAAUGAUGAAGGAGGAGGAGAACAGGAAGGGUGCAAAGAAUGGUAUAUCAAUGUUCUCGAACGAUUCGUGCAUAGGAUGCAAAUCGCAAGCUGGGGGGCUCUGAAGGACCAGUUAUUGAAUUUUCUAUGGUUUCCCAGCACAAGUGACGCUGAUGGACAACAGCUCUGGACGGAGAUCAAUACUUCAAAUCCGUUCAUUUGA